UCUGGGGGCGGUUCUGACGGGAGUUUGCCUCAGGUUGCAAGUUUUGCGCUGGGGUUGUUCAGCACCGGAAACCGGGAGUUUUCUUAUCAACCACAAGAUGUCAAAGCCUCAGUUCACAAAUCCAGAAACCCCUGGAUAUGUUGGAUUUGCUAAUCUCCCAAAUCAGGUUCACCGAAAAUCUGUGAGAAAAGGAUUUGAGUUUACCUUGAUGGUUGUAGGUGAAUCUGGAUUGGGGAAGUCUACUCUGAUUAACAGCCUUUUCUUGACCGAUUUGUAUCCUGAACGCAUAGUGCCUGGUGCAGCUGAUAAAAUUGAACGUACAGUAGAAAUUGAAGCAUCUACAGUAGAGAUUGAGGAAAGAGGUGUAAAGUUGCGUCUUACUGUGGUCGACACACCAGGCUAUGGCGAUGCAAUGAACUGCGAAGACUGUUUCAAGCCCAUAAUUCGUUACGUGGAUGACCAAUUUGAGCGAUACCUUCAUGAUGAGAGUGGUUUGAACCGGCGACACAUUAUAGACAAUCGUGUCCACUGCUGCUUUUACUUCAUAUCCCCCUUUGGACAUGGCUUAAAGCCUCUUGAUGUGGAGUUCAUGAAGGCUUUACACAACCGGGUGAAUAUUGUUCCAGUGAUCGCCAAAGCAGACACUUUAACUCUGAAAGAACGUGAAAGACUCAAGAGAAGAGUUUUGGAUGAGAUUGAAGAACAUGGAAUAAAAAUUUAUCAGCUCCCAGAUGCGGAAUCAGAUGAAGAUGAAGAUUUCAAGGAGCAGACAAGGCUUUUAAAGGCCAGUAUCCCCUUCUCUGUUGUCGGUUCCAAUCAGCUCAUUGAGGCCAAAGGUAAAAAGGUUAGAGGUCGCCUGUACCCCUGGGGAGUGGUCGAAGUGGAGAACCCAGAACAUAAUGACUUCCUGAAACUGAGGACAAUGCUAAUCACCCACAUGCAGGACCUGCAAGAAGUGACUCAGGAUCUGCAUUAUGAGAACUUCCGCUCAGAGAGACUCAAAAGAGGUGGUUCCAGCAAAGUUGAGAAUGUGGAAGUAUCAAAGGAUCAGAUACUGCUGGAGAAGGAAGCUGAGCUUCGACGCAUGCAGGAAAUGAUUGUAAGGAUGCAGGCCCAAAUGCAGAUCCAGAGACAAGGAGGAGAGGAACAUGUGUAAUGGACCACAGCCAAAGGACACGGCAAGAGGAGCGCCCUCCGCGGGGAUUUACUUGUGUCCAUUGUACAGUACACAUACUGACGAGUGUUACACACAAUCUCCCCCCCCCCCCCCCCCACUGUUUUUAAUACUUUUCAAGAAUUAUCAUGUUAGUUUUGUGACAAUAGAAUAGAAACAAUUUAUAAUCUCUAUGUAAGAGCCUUGUUACGAGCUGCAACAAAACCGUUCGGAUACUGUUACAUUAUAUAAUCGUUUCCUUUGAUAUAUUAGAGCAUCGAUCUUGUCCCUCUAUACAGUAUGUGGCAGCAGCGUAUGGAUGUACGCUCGUCACGUGCGUCCCCUCUCCUGUGUCUCUCUGUUAUCUAUCUGUAUUACACCACUCACGUUAAGAACUAGACAACAUGGCUUUGGCAACAUGGCAUUAACAUUUUAAGAAAUUCAGUGCUCAGACAGCUGGGCAAUUGUAGCUACAUUCUAGUAGUGCCAUUUUGGAAAUCUGAGGAAUGUGUUCACAGAUUUACUUGAAGGGGUUGGCCCAUCUAGGACAUUGACGCCAUAUCACUAGGAUAUGGCAUCAGUGUCAGAUAGGUGUGGAUCACACCCAAAGUGAACAGAGAACAUGCACGGCCACCCUCCGUUCACCGCUAUGGGAGUUCCGAAAAUAUUUCUGGCAGUCCCAUAACAGUGAAUGUAGAGGCAAUUGCGUUUGCACUGUGCUCUCCAUUCACCACUAUGGGACUUCUAAAAACAGCUAGGCAUGCUUGCUCAGCUAUUUUCGCAACUUCCAUAGCAAUAUGCAUGGCUUGCUCUCCUUCACUGUAUCUCCUCACAUUCUGGAGAUAGGUGUAGAUCCCGCCACUGGGACCCACUGCUAUCUGACAUGAACAAUGCCAUCCAUGUCCUAGGCGGGCAAACUCCUUUAAGAUCUUGCUUCAAUAAAAGGAAAAUACCACUAUGAAUAUCUUGGAUCUAACCCAGAAAUGUGAAACAGUAUUGCAGGGCCAGAUCAUAUAUCUGUCAUCUGCCAUCUUUGGCUACACAGUCGGGGGAUGCUGGGAGGUGGUUGCAGACCGCUGCCUUAUACUGUCAAGUCUAUGAACAAUGACUGUGUAUUGCUCAUUAGGACUUGAUAUUAAAUUCAGCUGGCCAUAUGCAUAGGACUGUUAACUAGCCAAAACAUUCUUUUUUUUUUUUUUUUUUUUUCUACCCAAGAGCCGGCAAGAAAAUAUCUAAGUGAAUCCAGACCCAAGAUAUAAAGGAGUAGUUGAGGUGCCCAUACACCUAUACUAGCGCUGCUUCGGCUGACAGCUGUUCUUCACUUUGGCUCGGCUGAGCAUAUAUGUGUUCUCAAUGGGGAGAUGAGAAUAAGCCACUGUCAGACACUGUUAAAAUCCAGAAUGCGCAAUUCCUCUUUUCCCAUAUUCCGCUGGGGAAAGUUGGCACUCCUACCGCAUCACUUUCUUAGGGAAAGCAGUAGCAUCAGACGGAGAACAUCCAGUCUGUUGAAGUGAAGGGUAUCGGGCGAGCCCUAUCAUAUAUCAUUAUACUGUUGACGUAUCCUGCUGAAAAUGGAGAGACUGAUCAGCAUCAUGUUUUCCAUUGUGAAAAUUCUCAAUACUUGACAUUUCAUGAACGAUCUCUGUUUUUGUUAUUGUAAGAAUAAAAUGAUUGCCGUGA